AUGGGCACCCUGGGCAAGGCGCGAGAGGCUCCGCGGAAACCUUCCCAUGGCUGCAGAGCUGCCCCGAAAGCAAAACUAGAGGCGAAGCCAGCCAGCAGCCCCUUCCCCUCCCAUCCCAGCCUGGCCCAGAUCACCCAGUUCCGGAUGAUGGUGUCUCUGGGACAUUUGUCCAAAGGAGCCAGCCUGGACGAUCUCAUCGACAGCUGCAUUCAGUCGUUUGAUGCAGAUGGAAACCUGUGUCGAAGUAACCAACUGCUGCAAGUUGUGCUGACCAUGCACCGAGUCAUCAUUUCCUCCACGGAGCUGCUCCGGAGAGUGAUCAUCCUAUAUCCUUUCAGCAGCCCCCCUGCAGCCCCAGGCGGGAGUGCACAGAGGAGCUGA